AUGGAGCUAUUCCUGCUUGCGAAAUGCCCAGGUUUCCGAAGCAUAGGUCAAAGCAAGAAGUACGGUAGUGUUGAAGAAGUGAGCACGGAGCCGGGUGUUCUUGGUCUUCUUAGCUACAUCCUCGAUGCUCUUGUACGCUCCUCAAGCCGCUCUUCUCCUCGUGCUCAGCUCGGGAACCUUGGAUUCCGACAGGCAAGUGUGGAACGGUGGGAGAAGCUUUGCCAGUUCAUCAUGACUACUAAGACCAUCCUUGUGGACUCGCACUUUGAGAAGCCCUCCUCCCCUCCUCCUGUACUUGGAAGUCAUUAUGGAGGUGAGGCGAUAAAUGAAGACCUUAAAAAUAGAAGAGCAGAAAUGCUGGCUGCAGAGAUGGGAAAAAGCAUCCGCUAUGCUCGUCGAGACUUCGCCAAUCGCAAGACGAAGAUGACUGCUCUCCGGAAUCCGAAGGAAACAACCAUUGCAUCGAGAAGGGGGAUGGAGAGAGUCAUCUACGACUUCUACUCUGAUCUCUUCGACAGCCAUGUCCACUUGCCUGUCGGAAUCCAAGGUUCCUAA